GCCUCAAUAAUUUCUCCCCGCAUCUGCUCACCAUGAACUCGUCAUCUCGCAUACCGCCACUUCUACAACCCUACGUCCAGCUCCCUCACGAAGAUUCGCUACUCCUUCUCACGAGCACACUCGGCGCCAGCGCGAAUUGGCUGCUUGUACGAUUUCUCUGCGAUGCGUUGAGCAGCAACACGCAAGAUGGUGGGGCAGACGAGAGCCGAAACGUGGUGCUGGUGUCGUGGAUGAGAGACUAUGAAUUCUGGAAGCAAGAAGCUAGGAAAGGUGCUGGAUUGGAUCUGGAGAGAUUGAAGCGGGAGAAGAGAUUCGCGUUCGUAGAUGGACUGAGUGGGUUGGUCAUGGGCGAUGCGCAAGUACAGCAAUCGCAGGCGCAACCGAUGCCACCUCGGCCACAGCAGUCUCAGGGAUCAAUGAGAGAGUCCGUUUCAACACAAAGGUCAGGGCAGAUGUUGCCGGCCAGAGGACCUCCAGGACGCAUCGUCCCUGCCAGAGGCCCACCAGCACCCACCGCGCAGCCCGCCCGUCCAGCACCCAGCACAACCGCGCCCGCACCAGCGACACCGCAAACCUCCACCGCCAGCCAAAACGCAGGGCAUUUCACCCUCACCUCCCUCGACCUAGCGCACCUCAAAACCACUCUCACGAGCGCUAUAACCUCGCUCACGAGCCCGCCGCACCGCAAAACCCUCCUCAUCCUCGACACCCCCGACCUCCCUCUCGCCCUUACCUCCACAUCCCCCAGCGCCUUCACAGCCCUGAUCCUACAACUACACGCCACCCCGUCUGUGUCCCAUGUCCUGACGCACUUGCACGCCGACACGCCGCUGGUGAGCGCAUCCGCGCCUGCGCAGCCGCUCGAGAUCAGCCAGUACAACUUCGUUGCCAAGGUGGCGCACAUGAGCGCCCGCGUGCUGGGGACGCGCGUCCUGGAUACGGGGGUUGCGCGCGAUGUGUCGGGUGUUGUGCGCGUUACGGAGCAGGUGCUUGGGUGGGAUAAUUUGGGGCUGGAGGAGGAGAAGAGGGAUGGAGGGGAUGGAGGGAAGGGGCGGGAGUUUUUGUAUCGUGUUAAGGGGGAUGGGAGUGUGAAGGUGUUUGAGAGGGGGGCUGGUGGGGAGGGCUGA